GAGGCGACCGACUUGGGCGUGGGCGCGUGCAGAGCAGAUGCAUCCAAGACCGAGGCUGUCGCACGGCGGCCGUCGUGUCGACGCAGGCAUGGCACCACGCAACCGCCAGCAUCAACAUUUUGGACUUCCUUCCAUCCUGUUGGGGGAAGGAAAGUUACCAACGCACGACGCAUUGCCACCACCGGAGUAGCAGAGAGCCAGAGAUCCGGCGCCAUGGGAUCGCGUGCGGCGGUGCAGGCGGUGGUGUGGGCGGUGGCGGUGCUGUUCUUCCGGGCGCGCCCCGUGGAGGCCGGCCUGGCCGCCAACUGGGGCACCCGCGCGCUCCACCCGCUCCCCGGCGACGUCACCGUCCGCCUCCUCCGCGACAACGGCUUCGACAAGGCCAAGCUCUUCGAGGCCGACCCGUCCGCGCUCCGGGCGCUCGGCCACACCGGCAUCCAGGUCAUGGUCGGCCUCCCCAACGAGCUGCUCGCUUCGGUCUCCUCCACCGUCGCCGCCGCCGAGCAGUGGGUGCUCCAGAACGUCUCCGCCUACAUCUCCAAGUACGGCGUCGACAUCCGCUCCGUCGCCGUCGGCAACGAGCCCUUCCUCAAGUCCUACAAGGGCAAGUUCGAGGCCGCCACGCUGCCGGCCGUGCAGAACGUCCAGGCGGCGCUCGUCAAGGCCGGCCUCGGCAGGCAGGUGCACGUCACCGUCCCGCUCAACGCCGACGUCUACGAGUCGCUCGACGGCCGCCCCUCGUCGGGGGACUUCCGCCCGGACAUCUCGGGCCUCAUGGUCAGCCUCGUCCGCUUCUUGCUCGACAACGGCGGCUUCCUCACCAUCAACAUCUACCCGUUCCUGUCGCUCUACGCCGACCCCAACUUCCCCGUCGACUACGCCUACUUCCCGGCGCCCGGCUCGCCGCCGUCGCAGGCCAGCGUCCAGGACGGCAGCGUGCUCUACACCAACGUGUUCGACGCCAACUACGACACGCUCAUCGCGGCGCUCGACAAGCACGGCCUGGGGGCCAUCUCCGUCGUCGUCGGCGAGAUCGGCUGGCCCACCGACGGCGACAAGAACGCCAACGUCGCCAACGCGCAGCGGUUCAACCAGGGCCUCUUCGACCGCAUCAUCGCCGGCAAGGGCACCCCGCGCCGCCCCCAGAUGCCCGACGUCUACGUCUUCGCGCUGCUCGACGAGGACGCCAAGAGCAUCGACCCGGGCAACUUCGAGCGCCACUGGGGCGUCUUCAACUACGACGGCUCGCCCAAGUACAACCUCCGCCUCGCCGGUGGCCGCAACAUCGCGCCGGCGAGGGGCGUCCGCUACCUGUCGCGCCAGUGGUGCGUGCUCCGCCCGGACGCCAGCCCGGCCAACCCGGCCAUCCCCGGCGCCGUCGGCUACGCCUGCCAGUACGCCGACUGCACCAGCCUCGGCUCCGGCUCGUCGUGCGGCAACCUCGACGUCCGCAGCAACAUCUCCUACGCCUUCAACCAGUUCUUCCAGGGGGCCAACCAGAUGAAGAACGCCUGCAACUUCAACAACCUCUCCGUCAUCACCACCUCCGACCCCUCGCAGGGCACCUGCCGCUUCGAGAUCAUGAUCGACACCGGCCGCCACGACCUCACCGUCGCCUCCUCGGCCGCCGCCGCCACCGCCGCCGCCUUGGCCGCCGUUCUGCUGCUCGCAUUGACUGGCAUCCUGAUAUUAUAAGAUACUAGACUGACAUAUAUACACACCUGCAGGCUAGAAAAGAACCAAUUCUUUUUUUAGGAGGGAAAAAAAAAUCAAAGGGCAUAUAUGCAUGCAUGAUGCAUGGUGGCAAAUUUUUAUUUACCUAAAAAAAUGGCUAAAAAGGGUAGCUGCCAUUAGUGACCAAAUUAAGGAAUCAUUUGGGGGAAUUGUAUUUAUUGGAGGAAUUUGUUGAUGCUGAUUCUUUCUGAUGUACAUAUAUAAAUAACAUGAUAAAGGAAUUGAUAUAAAAGUUCGGAUUAGAAAUCAUGAUAAUGCUGGUU